AUGAUUGAAAACAGAUUAAUUUCACUUCUGAGGAAAACUAAAUCCUUCAGCAAAAGUUUUUUGUCCUCAAAUCAGAGGGAAUGGAAAACAUUUUCCACUGUAAAUGGAUUAUCAAAUGAAUCUUCAUUGUUAAUCCAAUCGAGAUUUCACCCUUCAUUUCCGGACCUUAUUCCUGCUUCCAGAAAUGCCGUUACACGAAAUUUUCUUAUCCACGGUUUCAGAAGCUUUCAUCGUAACAAUACCAAGAACUUUUAUAUGCGAUCGUUCAGGAAUUUCUCCACUGCAGCAUCUAUAUCUGUGAAAAAAACAGAAGGUUUAAAGCUUCUUGUAACUGCUGGACCCCAUGCUCAGAAAGCUGUUGGUAUUUGGCUUUUUGUAUCUGCUGCUUGGGUCUUUAGUAUGGUAGUACUUGGUGGUAUCACACGUUUGACUAGAUCUGGUCUUUCAAUGACUGACUGGAAAUUCACUGGAAGCCUUCCUCCUAUCUCUGAUGAAGAAUGGUUAAUUGAGUUCGAGAAAUACAAGCAAUCCCCUGAGUACAAUCGUGUAAAUAAAGGGAUGAGUCUUGCUGAUUUCAAGUUCAUAUAUUGGAUGGAGUAUGCCCAUCGUAUGUGGGGAAGGGCGCUUGGUAUCAUGUUUGCCCUACCAUUUUCUUACUUUCUUCGGAAAGGAUACAUUACACCUCGACUGGGAUUUAGGCUCUGUGGGCUAUUUGCACUUGGUGCCGGGCAAGGACUGAUUGGCUGGUGGAUGGUUAAAAGUGGUCUAGAGGAACCCAAAUCUGAGUUUAGUGAACCAAGAGUGAGUCCUUAUCGCCUAGCAGCUCAUUUAACUUCAGCAUUUGUUAUUUACUCUGGCCUCUUUUGGACUGCUCUUUCUGUUGUUAUGCCUGAGCCUCCUGCUGAAUCCGUAGCCUGGGUUCAAGGGGCAGCUAAAGUUAAGCGUCUGGCCCUUCCAGUAAGUAUCCUAGUUGGAGUCACUGCAAUUUCAGGAGCAUUUGUUGCUGGAAAUGACGCUGGCCGUGCCUUUAAUACUUUUCCAAAAAUGGGCAAUGCGUGGAUUCCAGAUGAUAUUUUUACAAUGAAGCCACUCAUGCGCAAUUUUUUUGAGAAUACAUCAACUGUCCAGCUUGAUCAUCGAAUACUCGCCACUGCAACAUUGUUUUCAAUUUGUGGAUUAUGGUGGGUAACAAGAAAAAUAGAUAUACAUCCUGCAAUCCGGUCUUUAAUAGGAAGCACUGUUGGCAUGGCUGCUCUUCAGGUUACAUUGGGGAUAUCGACUCUUCUGUCAUAUGUACCAGUUUCAUUAGGCACAGCUCAUCAAGCUGGAGCUCUAACUCUUUUUACUCUGAUGAUUCUUCUUAAUCACACUGUGCGACGACCUUCAUUGUCACUUCUCAAAACGCUACCUUCAGUAGCUAAGACGACGUUAUAG